GCGUGCUCUACCAACUAACCCUUUAUAGUUUUAAAUGAACAUUAAUUAUAUAGCCAAAAAUGAAAUAAUGCCACAAAAUAAAUCACUUUUCUGAUCUCCAGGAUGCAAUAAGGUAAACUACCCCCUUUUCUAGUACCCUUCAAUCCUCCCUGGGCUGCACUGCUGUUUCCAAGUGCAGCUCAGACCUCAGUGCGCAGCUGCCCACCCAACAUGGUUUGAAGAUUGAACUUAAGCAUCCGGCAAUAACUCCAUCUGGACGACCAGGAAUACUUUUCCCCAUCCCAGUUCUGGCACCGUCCCUGCGUUCGGCUUUCGGAGCCCGUGGCAGUCCGUGAUUCCUCAGAAGCUGCCAGGUGAAGUCAUCCUAUUGCCACAGGGCCAAAAAAAAACCCAAACAAAAACAACCCCACAGAUCCUUCCGAGAAUUCACAAAGAGAAGCCACUAGAGGCCGCUCUCACGCCUGGUAUUCCCUCUGCUCAACUGGGUAUUCCUUGUGUUGCUUUUAAACCAAACAAUGUCCAUCAACAAGUAAACAUCAUCUACAGGGCUGGAAAUCAUUUACUGAUGAUAUCCAGAUGUGAAAGCCUCAGCUGGUCUGAACACAUGAAUCCAUGCAGAGCAUGUUCCAGUGUCAUGUUGCAGCGACGCCUGCUACGGAGCGUACAGGAGAUAAGCAGCGCAACGCCCCGGGAGGCACGAAAACACGAAGAGUGACGGUAUUGGUCCCAGACCUGCGGGAAAAGAUCAUGGCCCUGACUGACUCCGGUGGAGACCCGCUGUUGCUUAUCAACGGUGGACACCAUCCUUUCUGCUCCAGUGGAAAUGCUCCUUUAGGUACCAGUACAGAAGACCGCAGCCACCUGGACCCCCUCUCUGCUGCUUGCAGUUGCGACCUCCUGCCACCUGACAGAGAUGGAGACAUGGCGGUCAGGAACGGAGCCGUGAAGCUGCAGCAGGGAGCCCACGUCCAGAGAGCCUGCAGGCCAGUCCAGAACGGUGGGCUGGUCAAGCUCAACGGCUCUUUGAGGAAUCUCCCACCAUCACCGGCUGCGUCUCCGUCUUCUGCUGUCACAGACUCCCAGAAGCCAAACAGACUCCACCUGGCCCCCACCCUGUCACCGACGGCGCCUUCUGCUCUCUGCUGCCCCCACUGCCACUUUCACUCCACCCAGUGCUGCCCCUGCGGACAGCCGGACUGCCCACUUGUCCGGAGCCCUGCCGCCAGCCCUGGGCCCUGCUCCAGUCCACAGCCAGGUAGCACCUCCUCCUGCCCCUGCUGCCUCUCCACCUGGACAUACUCUCACCAUCUUCCUCAUCACCAAGCCUCCCCGAUGUCUCUGCAUCACCAACGCUGGCAGGAGCACCUGCAGAGCCAGAUCCGUGCUCCUGGGAUCAGCCCUGCAAGGCCCUUUCGAUUCCCCAAAAGUUAUUCUGAGCUGAUAGCUGAUUGGCCAGUGGUUGUGCUGGGAGUGUGUACGGUGCUCAUUGUGAUUUGUGCGCUGGUGGGAGUCCUGGUGCCCGACCUGCCAGAUUUCUCCGACCCGCUCCUGGGGUUUGAGCCUCGGGGAACUGCCAUUGGCCAGCGGCUGGUCACAUGGAACAACAUGGUGAAGAAUACAGGCUACAAAGCCACACUGGCCAACUAUCCCUUCAAAUAUGCGGACGAGCAAGCCAAAAGUCACCAGGAACCUCGGUGGUCAGAUGACCACUUUGAAAGAGACAAGCGGGAGGUUGAGUGGGACUUCAGCAAAGAGUUCUUCUGUGACAUACCAGGUGACAGUUAUUCCAGACUAGUGUUUGCGUCGGCCGAAAGAAAAAGUCUGUGGAAUAUUCAGGCCAUCAAAUCAAUGUGCAGCCAGGACAACACAAGAGUGCGCUCCCACCGUGAUUACCUGAAUCUCUGUCAGCGCACCAAUAACGUCUCCUGUUGUCCAAGCUGGACACUGGGCAACUACAUAGCUGUCCUCACUAACAAGUCGUCCUGCCAGAAGAUCACAGAGCGGGACGUGUCCCACACUCUCAAGAUCUUGCGAUCGUGCGCUAAGUACUACCAUAAUGGCACGCUUGGACCUGAUUGCUGGGACAUGGCGCUACGUCGCAAAGAUCAGCUGAAAUGUGCCAGCGUGCCCCGGAAGUGCACAAAGUACAACGCCGUGUACCAGAUCCUUCACUUCCUGGUGGACAAAGACUUCCUGAGCCCAAAGAGUGUGGAGCAUCCUCCAGUGCUCAAGUACAGCAUGUUGUUCUCUCCCACAGAGAAAGGAGAGUCCAUGAUGAACAUCUAUCUGGACAACUUUGAGAACUGGAACUCCUCUGACGGGAUCACCACCGUCACAGGAAUUGAGUUCGGAAUCAAACACGACCUCUUCCAGGACUACCUCCUCACUGACACGUUGUACCCCGCUAUCGCGAUAGUCAUAGUCCUGCUGGUCAUGUGUGUGUACACACGCUCAGUUUUCAUCACUCUGAUGACAAUAAUUGCCAUCAUCAGUUCGCUGAUCGUCUCCUACUUUCUUUACCGAAUGGUCUUUAACUUUGAGUUCUUCCCUUUCAUGAACCUCACUGCCCUCAUCAUCCUGGUAGGGAUCGGGGCCGACGACGCGUUUGUUCUUUGCGACGUGUGGAACUACACCAAGUUUGACAAACCGCACGCCGAGUUGUCGGAGACGGUAAGCGUGACCCUGCACCACGCCGCCCUCUCAAUGUUUGUCACCAGCUUCACCACCGCUGCCGCAUUUUAUGCCAACUACGUCAGCAACAUCACCGCCAUACGCUGCUUCGGGGUCUACGCCGGCACUGCCAUCUUAGUCAACUACAUCCUGAUGGUGACGUGGCUCCCUGCUGUCGUGGUGCUACAUGAGCGCUACCUGCCCAACCUGUUCAUCUGUUCCAAGCCCCCACAGCAGCAUCAGGGAAACUGCUUCACGCAGGUCUUCUGGGCUGCCGUUUGCCACAAGAUCCACAAAUGCCUGUUCACCGUCUCCGAGGGAUCACGGAUCUUCUUUGAGAAGGUGCUGCCCUGCGUUGUCAUCAAACUGCGCUACCUCUGGCUCUUCUGGUUCCUUGCCAUCACGGUCGGCGGCGCUUACGUGGUCUGCGUGAACCCCAAGAUGAAACUGCCGUCCCUGGAGCUGGCCGAGUUUCAGGUGUUCCGUUCCUCUCACCCUUUCGAGCGCUAUGACGCUGAGUACAAAAAGCUCUUCAUGUUCGAGAGAGUUAACCACGGCGAGGACCUCCACAUGCCCAUCACGAUCAUCUGGGGGGUUACACCAGAGGAUAACGGAGACCCCCUGAACCCCAAGAACAAGGGGAAGCUGAUGCUGGACAGCAGCUUUAACAUAGCCAGCCCAGCAUCUCAACUGUGGAUCCUUAACUUCUGCCAGAAGCUUAGGAACCAAAGCUUUGUCUUUCAGUCAGAAGAUCAGGACUUCACUAGCUGCUUCAUCGAGACAUUCAAACAGUGGAUGGAGAACCAGGACUGUGAAGAGACCUCAGUCUACCCUUGCUGCAGUCAGUCUACCUUUCCCUAUAAGAAGGAUGUUUUUCAGUUGUGCAUCAAAAGAGCCAUUAUGGAGCUGGACCGAAGCACAAGCUACCAUCUGGACAGCAAGACACCCGGACCUCGAUUUGACAUCAACGACACCAUCAGAGCCAUCGUUUUGGAGUUUCAGAGUACCUACCUCUUCACUCUGGCUUAUGAGAAGAUGUACCAGUUCUAUCGUGAGGUGGAUGCCUGGAUCACAGAGGAGCUCCGCUUCGCCCCAGAGGGUCUCAGCCAUGGCUGGUUUGUCAGCAACCUGGAAUUCUACGACCUCCAAGACAGUCUGUCUGGUGGCACUCUGGUUGCCAUGGCGCUAUCUGUGACAGUGGCUUUCAGCGUCAUGCUGCUAACCACCUGGAAUGUCAUCAUCAGCCUGUACGCCAUCUUGUCUAUAGCCGGGACCAUAUUUGUCACAGUGGGCUCCCUGGUGUUGUUGGGCUGGGAGCUGAACGUCCUUGAGUCCGUCACCAUCUCGGUUGCCGUGGGUUUGUCCGUGGACUUUGCCGUCCACUAUGGUGUCGCUUACAGGCUCGCUCCAGAACCCGGCCGGGAAGGGAAAGUGAUCUUCUCCCUUAGCCGGAUGGGCUCUGCAAUCGCCAUGGCGGCAGUGACCACCUUUGUUGCCGGAGCGAUGAUGAUGCCAUCAACGGUCCUGGCCUACACCCAGUUGGGCACAUUCAUGAUGCUCAUCAUGUGCAUAAGUUGGGCUUUUGCUACCUUCUUCUUUCAGUGCAUGUGCUGCUGCCUCGGACCCCAGGGCACCUGCGGUCAGAUUCCCCUGCCCAAGAAGCUGCAGUGCCAGGCCUUCAGUGAAGACGCACCCUCAAGCCCCUCUCCUGAGGGGAAGUAUCAGCUGGACAGCAGGGGCGGAGAGGCAGAGCAUUACGAGCUGGAGCCGUUGGCAUCCUGUCAGAAAACUGGAGUUAAACCAGGAGAGAAAGAAGAGGCGGAGGAAGAACUGGGCACUCGGUUCUGUAAUGGAGCCCCUUCUCAUGCUAACCACACCAUGUCUAUACCACACAUUCACAGCAAUGAUACAGGCAGAAAAACACGGCCAGAAAAUGGGCUCGUUACCUCACUCCCUACGCCAUCCAGGUGCCACUACACUCCCAACAACUGCACAUGUGUAGACCCCCCAUCCCAGCUUCUACAGCAGUGGGCCCCGCAUUCCUGCACUGUGCCUCCCCAGGACUCCCCUUCCUGCCCCCCCACCCCUCAGCUUCUCCAUCUCUCAGGUACCGCCAGGACCAAACAGAAUGCAGCCCUGUUGCCUCCAAAUGUGGACGCGGUCUAUUCACAUAUGGACUGCUGUGUUCACUACGUCCACUGCCCCCUCACCCAUUUCCAUCACUGCUCACAGGGCAGAGCAGUGGGCCACAGGCAGGGACCGGCCCAUACCUGCUAUCUCAGGAAGUACUGUGUCCAACCACCCUCAAACCAGGACACCGGCCAAGCUUCGGGGUCACCAUCUGCUCCACAGACUCCAGACAAAGAGACGAAACAUUUAAGUCCUGACAGUACCCAGAAUGGGAGCUCCCAAGUCUCAACGCGACCCAAUGGCCAGUGUCUCAGUCCCACUGCACUAACAGCUCAUCAUGAAAACCAGAGGACGAAGGAAAGCGAACACUGCUGUGAUAAAAACCCUGCAUCCGCCAUUAAUACAGACUUAAUCACAGACAUUGACGUUUGUCAUAAAAUCCCUGGUAACCAGGAGAGGCCUGAAAGUAUUCCCGUCACACGGGAGCAAAGUGUGAAAAAGUGCAAACGGAACUCAAAAAGAGCGCAGGCGUCCUCCGCCUCUCCAAAGAGACUCUACUGUUUUAACAGGACGUUGAAAGUGAAGUGCAAUUCAGUUUCAGAGUUUAGCUUGCCAAAAAGCGAAGCCAGUGUGCCUCCUGUUGCAGUGAACACUCAGCCAUCCUCUGAAAGCUUAUGCUGAUUCAUGGGUAAAAUCGGCGAAAUAGCAAUAGCCCAAAAAUGACUCACACAUUUCUGUGCAAUCACAUUAGAUGCUGGGUGUGUGUUUUCACCAAAUCCCAGCUGAACUAUGAAAGAUUUUUUUUAUUGUUUUCUACUUAUCACUUUUUCACAUGCCAGAUUAAGUACUUCAUUUUUCCAGUGGAACAUACUUAUAAUGCGGUGUCAUGUAAAAGAUAGAUCAUCUCUUUACUAGCAGCCAUUUGCACCACCACUACACCCCACUGUAGUGUCUGAACUGUGGUGUCUUGCAAAACUAUUCAAACCCCUGGAUCUUUUCCACAUGGAGUCACAUGAUAUCCACAAAUUUGAAUGUAGUUUAUUGGGAAAUUAUGUGAUAGAUAACCUCUAAGUAGUGUAUGAUUAUAAAUUGGGGAAAAAUAAUGAAUGUUUAACAUUUUCUGCCAAUAACUGGGGGCAUCCAUCUUUGCAAAAUUGCUCAAGCUCAGGUUGGAAACUGCAUCUAUUAACAUGCAUUUUCAAGUCUUGCCAUAGACUCUUCAUUGAAUUAAGCCAGAGUUUUGACUGGGCCAUUAUAAAGGUAAAGGCAGCUCAUGCUUUGUUUAGGGUCAUUGUCUGUACCUUUUCCAUUUUCAGAUGAUGAACUGAACCGUUUUAUCCCACUUCACAACUAUGCUGUACUUACUAGCUGCACUUUUCUAUUAGAAAUAUGCGCCAAUAUUUGUCGAUAUUCUGCUGAUGCCGGAAAAACAGAAUUGUAAAUCACAUGUAAAUAUGCUUGUUCAUUUGAUAAGUCAUUAAAAAUCAUGGCAGCGAUGGAUGUAAACAGUUACAUGAAAUAAAUUCAUAGUUCA